GCGUCGGCGCAGCGCCUGCCGGGAGGCGGAAGCGGAAGCGCGCAUCUGCCCGGAGCGAUGGCAGCCGGGGGCCCGAGCCGCUCGGAGCGCAAAGCAGCGGAGCGGGUGCGCCGGCUGCGGGAGGAGCAGCAACGGGAGCGCCUCCGCCAGGUGUCGCGCAUCCUGAGGAAGGCGGCGGCCGAGCGCAGCGCGGAGGAGGGCCGGCUGCUGGCCGAGAGCGAGGACCUGGUGACCGAGCUGCAGGGCCGGAGCCGGCGGCGCGAAGGCCUGAAGCGGCGACAGGAGGAGGUGUGCGACGACCCCGAGGAGCUGCGGAGGAAGGUGCGGGAGCUGGCGGGCGCCGUGCGGAGCGCCAAGCACCUGGUGGUCUACACGGGCGCGGGGAUCAGCACGGCAGCCUCCAUCCCAGACUACCGGGGCCCAAAUGGAGUGUGGACGCUGCUUCAGAAAGGGAGGCGCGUGAGUGCCGCCGACCUGAGUGAGGCAGAGCCCACCCUCACCCACAUGAGCAUCGCCCGCUUACACGAGCAGAAGCUGGUGCAGCACGUGGUGUCUCAGAACUGCGACGGGCUCCACCUGCGGAGCGGGCUGCCGCGCUCAGCCAUCUCGGAGCUCCACGGGAACAUGUACAUCGAGGUCUGCACGGCCUGCACUCCCAACAGGGAGUACGUGCGGGUGUUCGACGUGACGGAGCGCACCGCCUUGCACCGGCACCAGACCGGCCGGGCCUGCCACAAGUGUGGGGCGGCGCUCCGCGACACCAUUGUGCACUUUGGGGAGAGGGGGACCCUGGGGCAGCCUCUGAACUGGGAGGCAGCCACCCAGGCUGCCAGCAAAGCAGACACGAUCCUGUGUUUAGGCUCCAGCUUAAAGGUUCUAAAGAAGUACCCACGCCUCUGGUGCAUGACUAAGCCCCCCAGCCGGCGGCCCAAGCUCUACAUUGUGAACUUGCAGUGGACCCCAAAGGAUGACUGGGCUGCCCUGAAGCUCCACGGGAAGUGUGACGAUGUCAUGCAGCUCCUGAUGGACGAGCUGGGCCUGGAGAUCCCCCCCUACAGCAGGUGGCAGGACCCCAUCUUCUCCCUGGCAACCCCCCUGCGGGCUGGUGAAGAAGGCAGCCACAGUCGAAAGUCGCUGCGCAGAAGUCGAGAGGAGCCCUCGCCUGGAGACCAGGGCGCACCACUCAGCUCGGCCCCCAUCCUCGGUGGCUGGUUUGGCAGGGGCUGCGCCAAAGGCACAAAAAGGAAGAGAGUGACAUAACCUGGUGCUCGAGUGAGAACAGCAGUUGGCACUUUGCAGAUGGCUGGACCGCGGAUCCAGGGGCUGGUGGCACCCAGCACGCCGGGAAUGCCCCGCAGGUCCAGUGAGAAUGCUCUGGGGGUGACAUUGUCACGGUGACACGCUUAGCCAUUUGUCUGGGUGGGGAGCCCCCUUGCACUGCUGUGCUUCCCCGCCUGCCUCCCCCACCUGUCGGCCUGGGUGCUGACGAGUGGCCCAUCCAGUCUGUCCUAGAGGUGGCAGCCACGCCGUCCUGCGGGAACAGAACUCGGGGUACAUCACACCUGGCCAGCCAAGAGGAAGCACUCGCUGCCUUGCCUCCUCCUCCAGGCCAGUCUCAGGGGCCUCAACCCUAUUUCUACUUCCUAUAAAAAUGUUCACUUUAUAGCAAACCUCCUUCUGUGUUGGUAUGCGGCCUCAGCAGACCUUUUUGUUGCUAAUAAACAUCUCUGCGCUGUC